CACUACUUUGUUCAAGUGUUUAUCCUCUCUAAAUCCCAUACAAUAACUUUCUCCAAAAGUAAACAGGCACCACUACACUACUGCUGCAAAUCUUCAGGAUCAAGUGGUAUAACUUUCACCGUUCGGUCGCCCCUGUAGAAUUUUCCUCAUCGCGAGCUCCAACGUCCUCCUUCCUUGGCUUAACUAUCGCACAAACCUUGCAAAGCGUGGUAUCGUAAGGAACCCUAGCAUGCUUCCACUCCAUCCUCUCCGCGACUUCCAAGUCAACGCAACUCCCAUGCAAACCCUCCACCGUCUCCACCGCCGCAAUAUCGUAGAACUCGCCGUAACGCUCGAAGAAGAGCUGCCGAAUGAUCCAAAGCUCGAGAAGAUCGGGACAACGUGUGGCGGCGAAGGCCAGCGUGGACACGACCUUGUUAAUCUCCCAAGGGCAGUCCACGUGACGACAGAUAUACGAGAAAUUGGCCAUGACGAUCUCGCACGACUCGUACAGCAACUCUUAGAGACGAAUCGCGUUCUCCUCCCUCAAUAUCCGCUCCGCGGCGGUGAAGGCGGAACCCAAGUCUCCGUCACUUACGAAUCGCGCUACUCUGCGACUGCGAGUACAGUCUUCGACCAACGCAACACUCGAGUCUCUCAAGUCUCUCAGGUGCUUCUGCAGCAGCGUUACUGCCCUCUUGCAUACAGAAGCGUUCCGCCAGCCGCCGCCGCCGAAGAAGCCGAACAUUGCUUCCAACUUUCCGCGACUGCUGCUGCCACCAUCUACCUUCCUCGUGGAAAUCAAUGAGACCUUAAUGGAUUUAAUCAUCGCUGAAGAAUAGCCUUAGGCCAAAUUCAUUAUGUGUAGCCUUCAAAAUCCAAAGAAACUGGCCUUUCGUCGCCCAAAAAAUUACGAAAAUUACAUCCGAAAAUAAAUUGGCCCAAAUCGGUGCUUAAUGGACUUAUCAUCCGUGGAAAAUAGGAUCAAUAGACUUCAUUAUCGGUGGAGAAUAGCUUCAUCCUGAUUCCGUGAUUUGCAGCCUCUAGAAUCGAAAGAAAAUUGCAUUUCGGAAAAAUCGCCCGAAAUCUGUGAUGGUAUCACUUUGGAAUCUGCCAAAAAUGGAUCCGGAAUAAAUUCUCCCUAAUCGGGCUUAAUGGACUUAACCAUCGUUGAAGAAUAGCCUCAGGACGAAUCCGUGAUCUGUAGCCUUCAAAAUCCAAAGAAAAUGGCAUUUCGUGGCAAAAAAAUUUACAAAAAUGCCAUCCGAAAAUAAAUUGACCCAAAUCGGUGCUUAAUGGACUUAUCAAUCGUGGAAAAUAGGAUCAAUAGACUUCAUUAUCGAUGGAGAAUAGCCUCGGCCUGAUUCCGUGAUCUGCAGCCUCCAGAAUCGAAACAAAAUGGCAUUCGGAAAAAUCGCUCGAAAUAUGUGAUGGGUACCCCUUUGGAAUCUGUAAAAAAUUGACCCGGAAUAAAUACGCCCAAAUUGGUGCUUAGUGGACUUAAUCAUCGUUGAAGAAUAUUCUCAGUCUGAAUCCGUGAUCUGUACCCUUCAAAAUCCAAAGAAAAUGUCAUUUCGUCGCACAAAAAAUUAAUAAAAUGUCAUCUGAAAAUAAAUUGGACCAAAUCGGUGCUUAAUGGACUUAUCAUCCGGAGAGAAUAGGAUCAAUAGACUUCAUUAUCGGUGGAGAAUAGCCUCGGCAUGAUUUCGUGAUCUGCAGCCUCCAGAAUCGAAAGAAACUAGCAUUUCGGAAAAAUCCCCCGAAAUCUGUGAUGAUACCCCUUUCGAAUCUGCCAAAAAUUGACCUAGAAUAAAUCCGCCUAAAUCGGUGCUUAAUGGACUUAAUCAUCGUUGAAGAAUAGCCUCAGGCCGAAUCCGUGAUCUGUAGCCUUCAAAAUCCAAAGAAAAUGCCCUUUCGUCGCCCAAAAAAUUAAGAAAAUGCACCAAAUCGGUGCUUAAUGGACUUAUCAUCCGGAGAGAAUAGGAUCAAUAGACUUCAUUAUCGGUGGAGAAUAGCCUCGGCAUGAUUUCGUGAUCUGCAGCCUCCAGAAUCGAAAGAAACUAGCAUUUCGGAAAAAUCCCCCGAAAUCUGUGAUGAUACCCCUUUCGAAUCUGCCAAAAAUUGACCUAGAAUAAAUCCGCCUAAAUCGGUGCUUAAUGGACUUAAUCAUCGUUGAAGAAUAGCCUCAGGCCGAAUCCGUGAUCUGUAGCCUUCAAAAUCCAAAGAAAAUGCCCUUUCGUCGCCCAAAAAAUUAAGAAAAUGCACCAAAUCGGUGCUUAAUGGACUUAUCAUCCGGAGAGAAUAGGAUCAAUAGACUUCAUUAUCGGUGGAGAAUAGCCUCGGCAUGAUUUCGUGAUCUGCAGCCUCCAGAAUCGAAAGAAAUUAGCAUUUCGGAAAAAUCCCCCGAAAUCUGUGAUGAUACCCCUUUCGAAUCUGCCAAAAAUUGACCCAGAAUAAAUCCGCCUAAAUCGGUGCUUAAUGGACUUAAUCAUCGUUGAAGAAUAGCCUCAGGCCGAAUCCGUGAUCUGUAGCCUUCAAAAUCCAAAGAAAAUGCCCUUUCGUCGCCCAAAAAAUUAAGAAAAUGCCAUCCGAAAAUAAAUUGACCUAAAUCGG